UAACCGAACAUCCCCUUCCUCUGUAUUCAUUCUUCUUUCUCCCUUCCUGUUGUCCCUUUCCCCUGUGCUUUCCUUUCCUCUCACCCCUCCCGUCCUUGCAGCCGCAGACGCACGCAGGCUACUUGAUCUUUUCUUUCCCCCAAUCUUAUCUCCAAGAACGCAUCGGAGGAGACGGGCGGCAGAUUCCUGUGUCCUUUUCCGCCCCACCCAAGAUGUCUUCUCCGAGCAAGCGCCGGGAGAUGGACCUCAUGAAGCUGAUGAUGAGAGACUACAAGGUCGAGAUGGUGAAUGACGGGAUGCAGGAGUUCUUCAUUGAAUUCCGUGGGCCUAAUGAAAGUCUUUAUCAAGGAGGUGUGUGGAAGGUUAGAGUAGAAUUUCCUGAUGCAUAUCCUUACAGAUCACCAUCUGUUGGUUUCUGUAAUAAGAUAUAUCACCCAAAUGUUGAUGAACUGUCGGGUUCUGUGUGUUUGGAUGUUAUUAACCAGACGUGGAGUCCAAUGUUCGAUCUUGUUAAUGUGUUUGAGGUCUUUCUCCCACAACUUUUAUUAUAUCCAAAUCCAUCUGAUCCAUUAAAUGGAGAAGCUGCUGCACUGUUGAUGCGUGAUCGUGCUGCUUAUGAACAAAAAGUGAAAGAAUGCUGUGAAAAAUAUGCCAAACCAGAGGAUGCUGGUAUAACCCCAGAAGAUAACUCGAGCGAGGAAGAACCGAGUGAAGAAGCAGACGAUGACUCCGGUGACGAUGAACCCAUUUUGGGCCAUCCAGACCCCUAGUCAGUCUGGGACCUACUUCUCCAGCUGAAUUCCCACACGAUGUUUAUUGCAGCAACUGCAAUUAAACAGUCUUCUGUUGUCCCUCUCAAGCCCGAAAUGCCAUGUAAAUAAGUGCACCUGCCCUGUUUUCUAAUGUUAUCUCCAGCCUCAGCUUUCCAGUUUAAUUCGCUGCAGCACUUAAAUUUCCCCGUUUGAAAUUGCAUGUUUUCGGAUCUGGCGUCGAUGGAAAGCAAGCCAUCUGUUGAAGUCCAGUUUGAAAUGUGAGAACUUUUUCUUCGA